AUUUCUUCCAGUAAAGCGCGGCGUGCACUUCCCAGGCGACGGUCCGUCCGGGGAUGGGAUCGGUUACAAUAAGCCCCCUGUUUAUGGGGCAGGUUACGCCCAUCCCCCUCCUCCUCCUCCUCCCUUCCUUCCCCUCCUCACAAUGGGAGCUCCAUGCAAAUCACCAGUGCGCAACUUUGCGCAAGAACCGAGCUACGAUCCGGGGUGAAGUGCGGGUGGUAUCGUAUGCAAAUCCGUCUGCUGACGUUACAGAUCAUGUGGGUUUUGGCGUAGAUUCCCCACUGAUCGAGGAUUUUUUUUUUUUUUUUUUUGCCUCCGCUCCUCUUGCGCUGUGUGUUGGGGGGGGGACGAAAAUUCGUUGCAAGGUUGCGUUUACCCCAACGUUCCAUCCGCCUUUGAUACAUUGUUGCCGCCAACGUUCCAUCGCCCCGGGAGCCGCAGGUCGGGCUGUAGAAUGUGGCUGGACGUGUCUGAGAAAAGAAGCCCCUCGUAACCAAGGUGUCCGUGGUGUGUCGCACGAAUACUAACCUUAUGCAGAUUCAAGGGAACCACCAAAGCUCACCCUGGAUAGUGUGUGGAGUAUAAUAGUCCACUGCUUGAACAAAACCACUCCUACAUCCCUCCCCACCCAACAUUUUUUGGUUUACUCCAUCUGAACUCGUUUGUAUACUAUAAUUAUAACCCAUCUUCAACAUGGCCAGUAAAAGAAAGUCUACAACGCCGUGCAUGGUCCGGGCAACUGAGCUUGUAGACCAAGAAGAACAAGAUGUUGAUGCACCAGCCUCAGAGACUAAAAAUGACUGGCCAGCGGAGAAGGAAGCAGAGGACCACGAUGCAGUGGAAGAGAAGCCACCCGCUGAGACUCAGUCCAAAAAGUUACAAGGUGGUUACGAGUGCAAAUACUGUCCGUACGUAACACAGAAUCUCAAUGAGUUUACAGAACAUGUAGACAUGCAGCACCCAAACGUCAUCCUUAAUCCCCUCUAUGUCUGCGCCGAAUGUAACUUUACCACCAAAAAAUAUGACUCGUUAUCUGACCACAAUUCUAAACAUCAUCCAGGUGAGAGCAACUUCAAGUUGAAGUUAAUGAAACGCAAUAACCAGACCAUACUCGAGCAGUCCAUUGAAGGUGGUGCUGAUGUUUCAAGCACACAAGAAAACAUGGAAAAUGAUGACCCAUCCAUGACCGGCAUAUCCAUAAAUAAGCUGCCUAUCACUAAGCUUGGAAAAAGUCGUGCAGAAUUGAGACGACUGCGAAAGGCUGAAGAGUCGCUGUAUGAUGGCCACUUUGGCCUCUCGGAAACUAAUGGUAUUUCUGGAGAUGGUUUAACUCAUGUGAUGCCAUCUGUUCAACUUCCACCCAACAUAAACCUUAUACCAAAAAUCCCUGUACCUCUAAAUAGCAACAAAUACAAUUCUGCUCUUGACACUAACUCAACUUUAAUCGAUUCUUUCAAUAAAUUUCCUUACCCUACACAGGCGGAACUGUCGUGGCUAACCGCAGCCUCAAAACAUCCAGAGGAGCAAAUACGAAUUUGGUUUGCUACCCAACGGUUGAAGCAUGGUAUAAGUUGGUCUCCAGAAGAGGUGGAAGAGGCAAGAAAGAAAAUGUUCAACGGGACUAUCCAGUCUGUUCCACAGACCUUUACCGUUGUGCCAGCUCCAUUAACAACUACUGCUAAGGUUUCCCAGCCAAUUAUCCAGACGGCCGUGCCUUGUCAAAUUCUUGGGCAGACCGGUCUAGUCUUCACGCAAGUGACAAAUGCCCCUACAGUGACUGUAACUCAAGGCAACUCAACUGGAGCACCAAGUCCAAACCAGAAACGUUAUUUACAAAGCCCACAAGAAGCUCCAGAGCCCAAACGUCAGAAUCCAGGAAAAGCUUCAUCUCCAUCUACUCCCAAAUUAAGUAUGGUGUCUCGACACGAGCGUAAAAAGACAAACGAGCAGAUUGCCAUUUUGAAGGCCAGUUUUGUAGCUAGCCAGUUUCCAGAUAAUGCAGAAGUUUACAGGUUAAUAGAGAUCACUGGGCUUUCUAGAAGUGAAAUUAAAAAAUGGUUCAGUGAUUAUAGGUAUAGGAGCCAGAGAGGUAUUUGUAACAUUACCACUGAAACUCUAUUGAGAGACCGAAUGUCAUCCAGGAAUCGAAGGCCCUAUCAUUACAGAGACAUAACGCCCACAAAGCUUGCAGAGAUGACAGACGAGCAGCUCCAGUGUCUCGAAGACAGCUUUCAGAAAAACUCCUUCCCAACACAAGUCGAUUUGGACUAUCUACGAUCUGAGACGAAACUGUCAAGGAGACAGAUACAUUACUGGUUUUCAGACAGGAGGAAAGUUAGAGAUUCCAUGGAACAAGCUGUGUUGGACUCCAUGGGUUCCGACAGCAAUGAUGGACUUGUGAAUGGGACAGCGCCACAAUCUGGUAAAUUAUCGAGCUCUUGCCUGCAGUCUUCGGCACCAUACAAAUCUAAACAGGAGCAGCUCCAUUUGCUGAAAAGUACCUUUGCAAGAACUCAGUGGCCGUCUCCACGUGAGUAUGAUCAACUGGCGGCACAAACUGGACUCAUUAGGACGGAAAUUGUGAAAUGGUUUAAGGAUAACCGAUGUGUCCUACGGAAUGGGAGUUUAAGAUGGAUGGAUCAGUACCGAAAGAUGUACGAGCGCUCUUUGGAAGAGCGGAAAAAAUAUAUCAAGAUUGUGUCGGCCACUAAUACAGGCAAAGACAUUCUCACCAGGUAUUUCCAGGAAUACGGCCAAUUACAUGAGGAGGAUGUCGAUCUUCUGAUGAACAAGGCUAAAUUAGAUGUUGAUGAACUGAGAGCAUAUUUUUCAGAGAUGCAGGAACAAAUGGUCUUAGAUCAACUGAAUAACGAACAAGACGACGACAAACUUGAUUUGGAGAGUGAAUCGAAAUCGCAUGGAGAUGAGGAAAUCCUAUCGGAUGGUGGAGACAGCUGGAGUCAGACUGGACAGGACACCCAAGAUGACGUGGGUGAUUAUGAGUAUGGAAGUACCCCUAAAGAUGACUUUACUGUCUAACAAGAUGUGAAGAGGUUGGGAGAGCACGGACCCAUUUCAUUUUUGAAGAUACUAUAAAGAUAUAUUUUCCUACUGUUGAUAUAAAAAUGUGCAGGUUUCUGCUCAGCCCGAACCUUGUCCAUAACCUCAUUGUGGAUUGUAAAACUAAAAAGUUCUUUCCUUGCCAAAGAACGAAAUCCUAAAAGACUUUGUACAUUUCCCGCCCGUUUCUUCUGUGCCGGAAACGUUUUGCGCGUCGGAGAGAUGUUGGUUACCGACUUUUGUUUUCUUUCAUUUUUGGCAAUUAUUAUAUAUUUUUUUUUUUAUUAAAUUUUGCAUUGCUUAGAAUUAGUAACCACUAAGUUGUCUACUUUUUUGUUGUUGCCUUUUUGUUGUGUGUGUAUAUAGAAAGUUAUAUACCGUAUUUACUUCCUAUCGGUAGAGCCAUUUUUUGAUGGGACCACUGGUUUUCGUGGGAGGGGUUGGGAUUUGAUAAAAAGCAGGGAUGGAGAGUGAUGAAAGAGAAGCAAAAUACUGAUCACAUUCGUCAUGAAAGAAAACUCCAGACACGACUGACGCGUUUCACCAGAAUGGACUGCCUUGCCAAAAGGGGUUUCUUGGCGUCUUGGGGUUCAGUCUCAAAAAUGGACACGGUCAUGGUGGAUGUUAUACUUUUAAGGGCUUCCCGGUGUGUUAAAGCAAGCAUUUUACUAAACUGAAAGAAGAAAAUAGAAAGCAUCUCAAAUGAGAUUAAAUAUAUAUAUAUGUGUGUGCGCACGAGAAAUAGAUUUGUUUUCAUUUUUUCGUUUUGAUUUUUUUGUCAAAAUAUUCAGAAUUGUUUUUGUAUUUUUUUAAAUAUAUGUAUAAAGUUAUCUGAAAGCCUCGAGCACAACUAAAGACUAUUUGUUUUUAGGUGUA